AUGUGGCUUCUGGGCAAGGCAUGCUCACAAAACGGACUGUUUGACGACAUCUCGGACGAUGGCCUGUUUGGAACGGCCAACCCGCAGAACCCGUUUCGCACUGCUGGCGGUGACAACCUCUUUGGCGAUCCGUUGUUUGACGCUGGCGCACCAGGUGGGGACGCCAAUGAGCCUGCGGGCCUCCGUGGGCUGAGCAACGAAGAGCUGUUCUCGUCGAUCACGCCGGGUCGGACCAAGGCCCCGUCGAUGGGCGGCCACGAUCUUCUGGCCACAGUCUCGGCCACGGUCGGCGGCAAGUCGCAGCGGUCAAAGCGGCGCCGCAAGCGCAAGACGGACGCUCUGUUUGCGACGGCACCGGUGGCUGCCGCGGAGCCGGCCGCUGCUCCUGCUCCUGCUCCUGCUCCUGCUUCGACUCCUGCUCCUGAGCCCGAGCCCGAGCCCAAGCCUGAGCCCGAGCCCGAGCCCGAGCCCGAGCCGGCCGCCAAGACCGACGCCAAGGGCCUCACGCCGGCGCAGGCCCAGGUGAAGGAGCUUGUGAGGCGGCUAGUGACCCGCGGGACGCCAAGUGUUGCGUACGGCACGCUCAAGUCUGCGGCUGCUGACGAGGGCUUUGACAACGUGUUUGUCAUUCUCAAGGCGCUCAAGAAGGCGCGUGUGGUCGACUACGCCGGCGGAAUGAUCACCACCGACACGGCGCGCGUGUACUUUGUGCCGUACGGCGGACGGGUGCCCAAGACAAAUGGCUCGGGGUCCGGCGCUUCCGGCGUGCCGAGCCCGGGUGCUCAGCACACCGGGUCGUAUCUGCGGAGCCAGGCCACGAGUCAGCCCAAGGCGACGAGUGGCAGCAAUGCAGCGACGCUGUCGGCGUCGACCAAGCGCGAGCUUGCGGCGCGCGAGGCGCAACAAGAGUCUGAGCGCGACGCGCGGCUGCGGGCAGCCGAGGCCGAGCGGGAGGCGCAGGCGGCCGAGCUGCAGCGGCGGGCGCAGGCACGGCGCGAGUCCGAGGCGACCAAGGCGCGUGAGGCCGAAGCCGCGGCGGCGGCUGCCAAAGCGGCCAAGGCCAAGGCUGCGGCUGCCGCCGCCGCUGAAGAGGCUCGCGCUGCGGCGGUGGCCAAGGCCAAGGCCGAUGCCAAGGCCCGCGAGGAGGCCGAGCGCAAGGUCGAGGCCGAGGCGCUCCGGGCCAAGCUCGCUUCGCCGGAGACGUCCGAGUACUCGGAGCGGUCGCGGACGCGGACGCGGACUCUAUCAACGACAUCGCGGGGCGCCGCUGGACUCCCGACGUCUGCGCCUCAAGUCUCGUCGCCGCUGGUGUCGCCGGCACCGGCAAAGGCGUCGGAAGCGGCAGCGGCGGCCGAGGAGAAGCGGCUGCUGCAGGAGAUGGCGCGGCAGCAGCAGGCCGAAGAGCAGGAGCUGCGGGUGGCACGCGAGGCGCGCCGGCUGCGCGAGGCUCAGGAGCGUGUGGAGAUCGAAAAGGCGGCCGAGGCACGGCGCGCUGCCGAGGUGGCGGCGGCGCUGGCAGCAGCCAAGUCGAGCGGUGUGUCUGCUUCAAGCAGCUCGGGCGCAAGCACCGAGGCUGUGGCGGCGGCGUCGGCGUCCGAGGCCUCGGGUUGGGUCGAGCUCCAGACCGAGGACGGCUUUGUGUACUACUACAACGAGGCGCUCGAUCUGACGCAGCACACCAAGCCGGACGCACUCAAGACUGCAGCCGACUUUGCCCACACCGGCGAGUGGGUGUGGGUGGCUGUGGAGAAGGACGGAUACGUUCCCGGCAAGGUGGUGACGCGGUCCUCGGCCGGCGUGGUGACGCAUGUCGAGACCGAGGAUGGGCACACGGUCAAGAUUUCACCCAAGGAUCGGCAGCCGCUGUACCCGCUCAACAAGGCAGACCUCAACAAGGACUCGGACGACCUUGUGCAGAUGAACGCCAUCGACGAGGGUAUCAUUCUCCAUGCGCUCUCGCGGCGGUUUGCGCGCGACGUCAUCUACACCAACAUCGGGAGCAUUCUCAUUGCGGUCAACCCAUACAAGUGGGUCAAGCCGUCGCCGUACGGAGACGACGUCAUGGCCAAGUACGCGGCCAAGGGCACCGGCCUUGCCCCGCCGCACAUCUUUGACAUUGCGGACGCGGCGUACCGCGAGAUGUCGGACGCGCUGUCGACCGGCGUGCCGCCAAACCAGUCGAUUCUCAUUUCGGGCGAGUCGGGUGCCGGCAAGACCGAGGCGACCAAGCAGGCGCUCAAGUACCUCGCGUUUGUGGCCGGCUCCGAGUCUGGGGUGGAGGCCAAGUUGCUGGUGGCCAACCCUGUGCUAGAGGCGUUUGGCAAUGCUGCGACGCUACGGAACCAUAACUCGUCGCGGUUUGGCAAGUGGAUGGAGGUGUUCUUCUCACCGUCGCGCGCCAUUUCGGGCGCGCGGUUCAACAACUACCUGCUCGAAAAGUCGCGGGUGGUUCACCAGGACGCCGGCGAGCGCAACUACCACAUCUUCUACCAGCUUGCCCGCGAUCCGGUCUGGGGACCGCGGUUUGGCCUGGAGAGCCCGAGUCAGUACGUGUACACGCAGACGCACACCGACAUCGAGUUUGGCUCGUGGUCGGACGCGAGCCAGUUUGCCGAGCUCCUCGAGGCGAUGGAGACGCUCGGCUUUGCCACGGCGACGGUGGAGGGCAUUCUGCAGACGGUGGCGGCGUGCCUCCACCUCGGCAACCUCACGUUUGCCGAGGGCGAGAGCGAGGACUCGUCACGGGUCACCUCCAAGCCGGUCCUCAAGCAGUGCGCGUCGUUGCUCGGGCUGUCGGGCGGGGCGCUCGAGGCAGCGCUGGUGAACAAGACCAUGAUCCUUCCCAACCAGUCGCAGGUGGUCAUUCCGCUCUCGCCGUCUGCAGCGGCCGACAACCGCGACGCGCUGGUCAAGUCGCUCUACGCCUCGCUCUUUGACUUUCUGGUGGUGCAGAUCAACGCGGCGAUCGAGGUGCCCGGGGCCGCGGCGGCGUCGUGCGCCACCAUCGGAGUUCUCGACAUCUUUGGCUUUGAGAUUUUCGAGACCAACUCGUUUGAGCAGCUCUGCAUCAACUUUGCAAACGAGAAGCUCCAGCAGCACUUUAACGCGCACACGUUCAAGCUCGAGCAAGAGCUGUACGAGUCCGAAGGCAUCGCCUUUGACGAGGUCAAGUACAUCGACAACCAGCCGGUGCUCGACCUGCUCGAGGCGCGGCGCGGCGGGGUGUUUGCCAUUUUGGACGAGGAGCUGCUGCUCACGUCUGCGACGGACAAGCGGCUUGUGGAGAAGCUCCACGCGGCACACUCGGACUCGCCGCACUACGUCGUCUCGUACCUUGCGCCGUACGCGUUUGGCAUCAAGCACUACGCCGGCGAGGUCACGUACGACGUCACCGGCUUCCUUGAGAAGAACAAGGACACGCUCGAGCAGGACCUUCUGACGCUCGUCUCGGGCUCGGACAACACCUUCCUCCGCGGCCUCUUUGACGUCGAGGCCUCCAAGCACCGCAAAAAGUCUGUCGGCUACCAGUUCCGGUCGCAGCUUGGUGAGCUGAUGGAGGAGCUCAACGCGACGACGCCGCACUAUGUGCGGUGCAUCAAGCCCAACUCGGUCAAGCGCCCGGGCAAGUGGGAGGGCCACGACGUGCUGCUUCAGCUCCGCUACGCCGGUGUGUUUGAGGCUGUUGCCAUCCGGCAGUCGGGCUACCCGUUCCGCUGGACGCACGCGCAGUUUAUUCAGCGCUACGGGGUGUUCAACAUGUGGCAAAAGGGCGCGUCGGCCAAGGCGACGUGCAAGGCGAUCAUGGCAGCGGUGGGCGUCGACCCCAAGCACAUCCAGCUCGGGCGGACACGCGUGCUGUACCGCGCGCAGGCGCACCGGGUCCUGGAGAUCGCGCGCUCGGUCAUCCUGCAAAAGAUGGCAAUGCGGAUCCAGCGGUGCUACCGCGGGCAUCGGGCGCGCAAGAUUGCGCGCGAGAUGAGCAAGCUCCGCGACGUACUUGCCCGCGCCAUUGCAGAGCGGUCGUUUGAGGCGCUCUCACAGGCGCUGGCCCAGGCCGACGCCUCGCCGUUCCAGCUGUACAUUGCGACCGAGGCCCGUGGGGUGUUGGCCGAGUUGGCGGCCGAGGAGGAGGUCAAGGCGAGCAUGGCGAGCUUUGUGGGCAAAGACCCGGACGUGCACUACGAGGCCAUUGUGGGUGUGCUCAACAAGGCUACCGAGCUCGGCCUGGCUGUUCCGGUCAUGGCCACGCUCCGCGAGUCGAUUGCGUCGAUUGCCGAGCGCAAGGAGGCGGCGAUCAACCUCCGCGACGGCACGACCGAGUACGACCGGGUCAAGCUCGAGGCCGGCAUCGAGGCGGCACUCCGGCUCCAACUACCGCUCAAGGCCGAGAUUGCGCAGGCGCGUGCGGUGCUCCGCGACGUCGGAACGGAAGAGGUGCUGGUGAGCCAGCUGGGGCCGGCGCUGCUUUCGGCGACGGAGGACCUGCUUCCUCUGGAGGACGCGCUCUCGCGCGCGGUCGACUUUGGGCUCAAGACGCCGCAAGGCAUGCAGCUCCGGGCGCAGCUCGAGGCGGCGCUCCUCAUCCGGCGCGCGAUCCGCGACCAGGCAUGGGAGUCGCUCAACGAGGCGCUCAACCGGGCCGAGAGCUCAGGCCUGACCAACGCCGACGUGUCGGGAGCACGUGCGGGACUCGCCAAGCGGGCGCGGAUGGGCGCGGUGGCGGCACGGCUCAAGCACGCAUGCCGCGCCAAGUGCGUUGAACGGAUGGAGGCUGCGCUCGACGAGGCCAACGCGCUCGACAUGCGCAACUCGGUGUGGUCGUCGUGGUCGCGUGAAGUUGAGGCCGCAUCUGCGCGCCUCGAGGCGCACAAGCGCAUGCUCAAGGCUCUGCGAAUCACGCUCACGCCCGGACACGAGGACGACAUUGCCGAACUUGGCCGAGUUGUGCGCGAGGCGGAGGAGUACGAGUUUGUGGAGGCCAAGGAAAAGGCACUACUCGCCGAGGCGCGGGUGGUGCUUUCCAUCCGGUCUGCCCUGGCAACGGACGACUUUGAGUCACUCGCAGAGGCUGUGGCGGACGGGCUUGACGCGCACAACACGUCGCAUGAGGUGCAGCUUGCGGCGGAGGGUCUCGCGCUUCGCGAGAGGAUGGCGGAUGUUGCGCGCAGCCUGGAGGCUGCGGCCGACAAGGCGUGUGCCGACUCGAUGGCGAGCGCGGUUGAAGAGGCGGUCCGGCUGGAUAUGAAGAGCUCGCGAUGGUCGACGUGGGGCGGGCUGUUGGCGAGUGUGGAAGACAAGCUCGCGGAGCACGAGUCGCUGGUGCGUGCGCUGACGGCGGCGAUGGCGCCAGGCACGUCGGCGUCGAUUGCACCGCUGUCCGAGGCCAUUGGCUCGUCACUGGCGUACGGGUUCAAGGUGGAGAAGGAUGUGCGGCUGCUCCGGUCUGCGCAGGUCAUCCUCACCAUCCGGCAGGCGCUUGCGGGGACCGACUUCGCGACGCUGGCGAGCGCGGUGGAGAAGGCGCGGGCGCUGUUCUUCUCGCAUUCGGAGGUGGAGGCUGUGGCGGAGGGCCUUGCGCUGCGGGAGCGGAUGAGCGGCGUUGCGGCGCGGCUGGAAGAGGGCAUGCGGAGCCACUCUGCCGAGCUGAUGGCGUCGUCCGAGGCUGCUGCAGUGGCGCUGGACAUGGAUACUUCGUAUUGGUCGACGUGGGGCGAGGUGCUCAAGGCCGGGCGUGCGCAGCUUGCGAAGCACAACUCGCUGGUGGAGGCGCUCAAGGGCGCGCUCGCGCCAGGGACGGAGAAGCUGACGGGCCCGCUUGCCGAGGCGCUCGACGCAGCCGACGAGUACGGCUUUGUGACCGAGGCCGAUGUGGCGCUGGCGACCAAGGCGCGGCUGACGCUGGCCAUGCGCCGGGCGGUUGCAGCGCGGCUGUGGGAGCCACUGCGGGAGGCUGUGAGCAAGGCGGCGUCGUCGGGCUUCCAGUCGGGCGAGAUUGCGACGUACGGGUCCGGCCUUGCGGAGCGGACCAAAAUGUCAGCGGUAGCCGACGAGCUAGAGGCUGCGUCGGCGGCGCACGACGCGUCGCGGCUGGCACGCGCGCUCAAGAAGGCGCGGUCGCUGGAGAUGGACACCUCGUUCUGGUCGUCGUGGGCUGACGAGGUCGAGGCUGCGGCCAGCCUCCUCGACAAGCACCGCAAGCUUGUGACCAAGCUCAAGUCCGUGAUUGCGGUGGGGACUCGCGAGCUCAUUGACCCGCUCGCAAACGCUAUUGCUGAAGCCGAGGCCUUUGGCUUCAAGGUCGAGGGCGACCUCGCGCUGGUGCGCAAGGCGCAGGUUACGCUCGACCUCCGGCGGGCGCUCUCGGUCAAGUCGUGGGAGGGCAUCAAGGCGGCGGUGGAGGCCGCGGCACACCUUGGGUACCUCUCGUCCGAGGUGGAUGCUGCGUCGCAGGGUCUCGCGCUGCGGAAAAAGAUGGCGGAGACUGCAAAGGAGCUGAAGGAGGCGAUGGCUGCGCACGACGCGGCGCUGCUCGACGAGGUCCUUUCCAAGGCGAUGGAGCUCGACAUGGGCGGCGAGUCGUUCUGGUCGUCGUGGGCCGAGGUUGUAAUCGCUGGUGAGGCGCAGCUUCGGGAGCAUACCAAGCUCAAGAACACGCUCAAGGCGUGCAUGGGCCCGCGGACCCAGCUCCUCAUCGAGCCGCUGGCCGAGGCGCUCAACGCGGUCAUCGAGUUUGGGUUCUCAGUGGAUGCCGACCUCGGGCUGCAGCGGCGGGCGCAGCUGACGCUCGAUGCGCGCCGGGCCAUGGCGGACCGCAACUUUGUGGCGCUGACCGGCGUGGUUGACCGCGCGUCUGCGUUUGGCGUUGUCUCACCCGAGCUUCAGGACUACGCGGCGGGCCUGCAGACGCGGAGCGCGAUGGAGGGCGUGGCCAAGGCGGUGGCGCGGGCGGCCGAUGCGCACGAUGCGCGGGCGCUAGAGGCUGCGCUUGCGCAUGCAGACGAGCUCGAGAUGGAGACCUCGGUGUGGUCGACGUGGGAGGGUGAGCUGGGUGAGGCGCGCAAGCAGCUCGCCCACCACACCGGAAUCAUCUCGCGGAUCUCGUCGUCGCUGCUCCCGGGCGCCGAAGACGACAUCGAGGGCCUUUCGGGUGCGCUGGAGGCUGCGGCCGAGUUUGAAAUGAUGGUCGAGUCUGACGUGGAGCUUGUGGAUCGGGCGACUGUUGUGCUUGCGCUCCGCAAGGCACUCGCGCACUACGAUGUGUCUGCGGUGGAGCAGGCGAUGGCGCGUGCGCGGUUCGUGGGCAUCGACGAGGCCGAGUCCAACGAGCUGGCGAGUGCGAUCAAGGCCGUGGCGCUUGUGGCGCAGCUGGAGGGCAUGGCUGCGCAGAUGCGCAAGUCGCUGGCGGUGCACGACGGGCCGGCGCUGGCGAGCCAGCUCGCAGAGGCGCGGCAGGCCGGGAUGGACUCGUCGGGCUGGUCGCAGUGGGGCGAGCUUGUGGUCUCUGCCCAGGAAGUGGUGCGGCAGCACCGGCAGGUGACGAUGGCGCUCCACGCGACGCUGGCGGCGGGUACGUCGCUUCAGAUCGAGCCGCUUGCGCAGGCGCUGGAGAACGCACAAGCCUUUGGCCUGCACACAGCCGAGGACGUGGCGCUGAUGCAGGGCGCCGAGGUGACGCUUGCGCUCCGGCGCGGGCUGGCAAGCAACGACUGGACAGCGAUCCGCGGAGCGCUCGACCAGGCGACGGUUGUCGGCUUUGAGUCGGAGGAGACGACCGAAGCUGCAAGUGGGAUGGAGGAGCGAAGCCAGCUUAGUAAGGUGGCGGACGCGCUCAACGACGCGAUCAACCGCCGCGACGGAGCCAAGCUUCGGCGGCUGGUGGGUGAGGCCGAGGCGCUGGACAUGGCGCGGUCGCGGUGGUCGACCUGGUCGGAGCUGUACACGUCUGCGCUCACGACGCUCACGACGUACGAGAGUCUGCGGUCGACGCUCGAGGCCGCGCUGGUGCCUUCGCAGGUCCCGCUGGGCAAGCUCGACGCGACGCUCGAGGCAGCGGCGGCUUUCCACUUUUACUCAGUCGACGACCUCGCGCUGGUCAAGGCUGCGCAGGUGCUGGCGGACUUGCGUCGGGCGAUGCUCGAGGAGAACUUUGAGGCGCUGGCGCGGGUGCUGGGCGCAGCAUCAGAGGCCUCGCUUGACACGGAUGAGAUCGAUGAGGCUGGUCUCACGCUCGACCUGUACCGCAAGCAGAGCGCAAGCGCCGACGACCUGGCUGCAGCGGUGGAGGACGUGUUCCUCCUCGAGCCGACGGCGGUCGAUGAGCUGCAGCAGGCAGUUGACGCCGGUGCAGCGCUCAACAUGGCGACCUCGCGUGUGGCGUCGUUUGCAGCCAAGUUUGGCGAGGCGCGGGCGCUGCUCGACAAGCUGCGCAACAUCGAGACGCUCGUCGAGCAGGGCGUGGCCAUGUGCGACGAGUCGCUCCUGCGGCGCGGAGUGGCCGAGGCCGACGCGCUCGGAUGGGUCGCCGAGUCGGUCGAGGUCGCGCGGCUGCUCGUUGACGACGUGGUUGCGGUGGCCGAAGAGACCGAAGACGCGCUGCGCGACGGCUCGCGCGGCGCGCUCCUCCGGGCCAAGGACAAGGCCGACGUCAUCGGGUUCGCGAGGUGCGCCGAUGCGCUCGAGGCAGCGCUGUCGUGAGCAAAAGCAACAGAGUUUAGACAGAAAACAG